AAAAAUAAAAAAUAAAAAAGGGUAAAAGGAUAUAAAGUUAGUGAGAGAGAGAGAGGGAAAAAAGUCUCAUUUUUGAAGAUAAACCAUUAACUCACCCACCUAUCCCGCCUUGAAUUAGCCUUUCUUUUAGUUCUCAUUUCCUCCUCUUUCCCCUCAUAUCCAUUUCUUUCAAGUUUCAACUAUACUCCAACUUCUACCCAACCUUUUUUUUUUCUCUUUCUCUCUCCUCAAUUUUUCAUUUCAAUUCAAACCCACAAAUUUUCAUCCCAAUUUCAAACCCAGAAAAUUACUCCUUAUAAAUGGAGUGCAUGGAAGCAAGAGCGCUAAAAUCAUGCUAUUCGACGGAGUUAGCCAUGAAAUCGAGCAACCCACAAGGUUAUACAGAGGAUUAUGUGUGUGUUACUGGUUUACCCAACGAAGAAUUCUCCAUUGACGAGUUUUUUGACCUCCCAAAUGAAGAAAAUAUUGAUGGGUUUGAGGAAGAAGAAGAAAAAGACUCUUCAAAUUCCUUCUCUUCUCAAGACCAUGUUGAUGAUUUUAACUCUAAUUUCAUCAAUUUUUCUGCCGACCUUGCAAUUCCGGCGGAUGCUAUGCAAGAACUUGAAUUGUGGUCACAUUUUAUGGAUGAUUCUAUCCCAGAACAUACUUAUGCAUGUCCAAAUCCAGUUUUAGAAGGGUAUAAAAGCAAAACCGGGUUUAAUUCCAUGAGCCGGGUUGAACCGGUUAAUGAACCGGUUUUUGUUAGAGUUCCCGGUUUGACAUCAGCGGUUCCAGUGAAACCUAGAAGCAAACGGUCAAGGUCAGAAAACUUUUCAUGGAGUUUUAAUUCAUCGUCAAAAACCGAGUCGUCGUCGUCUUCAUCGUCGUCAUCACCGGUUUCAACCCUUUUAUUUCCUCCCCCGGUUUACAACAUGGGGAUGAUAUUUGGGUUUGGAAAACCGGCCCCAAAAAAGCAGAAGAAAAAACCGGCUGUACCGUCGGCAGUGGGUGAAAACCCGCCGGUUCAAAGAAGAUGUACCCACUGUCAAGUAACAAAAACGCCGCAAUGGAGAGCCGGUCCAAACGGUCCAAAAACAUUGUGUAAUGCAUGUGGAGUCCGGUUCAAAUCGGGCCGACUAUUUCCCGAAUAUAGACCGGCUUGUAGCCCAACUUUUUCUAGCGAAAUGCAUUCAAAUAGCCACCGUAAGGUGUUAGAAAUGAGGAAGAAAAAGGAAGGAACCGUGUCUGAAACCGGUUCAACUCCAUCGGUUUUGAGUAGUUAAGAGAGAAAAAAUCGUGAACCGGGUCGGGGAUUUAAAAUUUAGGAUGAACCGGUUUUAUAUACAAUUUUGGUGGUGGUUGGCGUCGGUAGGCAGGUUAGUUGCAACAGAUUUUAGAGGGAGAAGUUAAAAUUUUUUUUAGUAUUUCUAGUUUUUAGUAUUAGUAUUUUAUAGUGGUAAUAAUAUUUUUGCUUAGUAUAAUUAAAUUUGUUGUAGUUUAUAUUUAAAAAAACUUCUAUUUAAUUUUAGUUAGUAGGUUGAUUUUUC